GUCUAGUAUUCAUUAAGACCGUUUGAGGUUCCCAGUGUGAGCUGCAGACACUGUGGCAGAUGUGUAUCCCGGAAUGCAGUGCUGGUGUUGCCUUGGGGGAUCAUGAAGGUGAAAAGUGACCUUCAUGUUAUCUGGAUAUCAGUAGCUCAUAAUGGCUGUCAAGGUGCAGGCUGUUAUAACUGCUUGGAAAGCCUUUGGGUUGGCUGAAGUACAGAGGUCACUUGAUGAAAAUGCCUCUGAACUUGCUGCCCGCCAAGAUGAAUCAGAAGAAUCACGCAAAAAGUUGGUGGAACUAUCCAGAGAAUUCAAAAAGAAUACACCUGAGGAUGUCCGAAAGCAGGUUGCACCAUUGCUGAAGAGUUUUCAAACAGAAAUAGACAACUUAAACAAAAGGAGCAAAUUUGUAGAGGCCUCUUUCUUGAAUGUCUACAAGAAAGUCAUUGAUAUUACUGAUCCUCUCCCCACUUUAGAAUACUGUGCUGGUCUGGAGAAGAAGGUUGGGCGUCUAGCAGACAUGGAAAUAGAGAACAAGAAUCUGAAAGAAACUCUACAUGACUAUAAUGAAGAGUUCAAGGAAGUCAGGAAUCAGGAUGUAACCAUAAAGAACUUGAAAGAGAAGUUAAAGAAUUAUGAAGAUGUGAUGGAUGAAACUGUCAUGACCAAAGUCAAAGAAUAUGAGAAAGAAUUAAGCCAGCAGUACACAGAGAAGGAAAGAUUGCUCCGUGAUACUCAGGAGUCAGUUGUGAGGAGACUACAGGAAGCUGAAGCAAGAGUUAAAACACUGCAGUCAACCCUUGAUGUUACACAGUCAGAACUAUUUGAACUGAAAAGCAAAUCUGAUGAAUCCACCUUUGCAAAAGCAGAAGAAACAGACAUUUUAAUGAAUGACUUGGAGCGAGCCAACCAAAAUGCUGUGAUUGCUCAGAAGGAAGUGGUUCGGCUUCAGGAACAACUACAUGCCGUGAUGGCCUCUCAGACUUCUGAAGCACUGAAUGUUGCUUCUGCAGGGAAUACAGAGCCAUCAGCAGAUUCACUUGCUAGGUCAUCACUGGAAAUUGAGUUGGCAUCCAAAGAUAAAGAAAUAGCUCAACUGGUGGAAGAUCUUAAAGAAGUUCAACAAUGUUUAAGUGAUUUAACCUACAAAUCUUCUCAGGAGGUUGCAGAACUUCAGAGAAAGAGAAAUGAAGAUAUGCAAAAAAUUGAAAAGCUUGAAGCAACAAUCUUAAGGCAGAAGGAUUAUGAAGAGAUAAAGAGAGAACUUAACAUAAUGAAAUCUGUAGAGUUUGGUGGAUCUUCCACUAAUGUAAAUGAAGAAAAUAUUCAAGGUGUGUCACCUUCUCCUAAAUCCCUAGAAGUACUUCUUUUAGAGAAGACCAAAGCUCUGCAGAAUGAAAACAUGUCUUUGAGGCAAUCCAUAACAACUAUGACAAAGAGAGUGACAGAAGCUGAACAGGAGUUGAUAGAUCUUCGCUCCCUUGUAACAGAGCAGAAAGGUUUGAUAGUCAGUUUGGAAUCAGACUUGUCUUCUGUUCAGUCUCUUUCUACCAUGUAUCGUGGAGAAGGAGAAGGUUCAUCCAUGCCAGAGAUUGUUGCUGAGGCUGUCAGAGCUUCCAGUAGCUGCACACCUCCACUUGUAUCCACAUCCUCAUCCAACACUCAGCCUCCCACUCCUACACCAGGAGGAUCAUCUCCUGAUUUCCCUUCUGCAGCUGAGUCUCUCCUGCCAAUUGUUUCUGCUCAGCGAGAACGUUUUCGGCAACGUAAUGAAGAGCUGGAAGGAGAACUUACUGGGAAAAGCCAGCAGGUGAUUUUGUUACAGAAUGAAUUGGAUUCUCUCAGAGCUGAUAAUUUGAAACUAUAUGAGAAGAUCAAAUUCCUACAAUCUUAUCAAGGAAGACAGACCAAGGAGGACACUGCAGCAGAAUCUCGUUACAGCAGCCAGUAUGAAGAAGCUCUAGAUCCCUUCUCAUCUUUUUCGAGAAAAGAAAAAUUGCGACGUUAUGCUGCUCUCAGUCCUUUUGAGAAGGUCACUUUGUCAAUGGGACGAUUUAUUCUAGGAAACAAAACAGCACGAACAGUUGCUUUUCUUUACACAACCCUCGUACACAGCCUUGUAUUCUUAGUUUUGUACAAAAUAGCACAUAUAGAGUCAUGCAAAAGGGAUUUUGCAUCAGACUGUGCUGAGAAAUUUGCUGAACAUAUGCAGCAGGUUCAUGGAGAAAAUGAAGUAAGUCAUUUCUAGCUAUUGGAAGUACAAUAAGGAUAAAUGCCUAAGAUGGUUUGGCCAUAUGGAGGAAGUGAUUGAUGAAAGAUUGACAAAGAGAGUGUAUGAAUGUGAAGUGAAGGGGUAAAAGGAGAUAGGUAAGUGGAAGGUUAGGAUGAUGGAUGAAGUGAAGAAGUAAAGGAGAGUGGUAAGAGAUGUGGAAAUGUUCAGUGAGUGACAGGAACGGGAUGGAAUAAAAUGUCAGGAGUAAUGCAUGGUAACACUGGAAAAUAAGGACCAGCUAUUGGAAAGACAUGCAAUAAGAGAUUUUUCAAACACUAUAAAGUAAGCAGCAGAUAUUUUGAAAAUUGUUGAGUUGGAGUCAGACCUAUGAAGAUGUUUUCAAUAAAAAAAAAAAACUUAGAAUACAUAAUUUUGAGCAAUACACUUGAGAACCUCAUAGUCAGAAUAACAUUUGGUGAUACAUGCCAGAAUUAUUUUUUAUGUACAGUUUGCUUCAAGUAUAUUUGAUAUAUGUGUAUUACAUCGAUGGUCCAUAAUGAUUUAUUUCCUGUAUCUUACAAUGUAUUGUGUGAUUUAUAUUUUAACAGAUUUUGGUAUUGUAUGCAGAACUUGUAUUGAUCCAAGUAUCUAAUAUAUCUUCAGAAAUGCACAUUGAUUUUUUUUUUUUUUUAUGCACAACAUUCUUUUGGGAGUGUGAAGGAAAUACAGGCAAUAAAAGGGAACUGGUGUACUGUGUACAGAAUCAAAUAUGAUUAUUGGGAUGAAUGAGUUAUUAGUGUUUAAUGGGAUUAUGUAUGCAGCUUGUUGUAUGGGUUUAUCUUGUUAUUCCAUUUUAAAUGUAAAAUGGUAAUUGUAUUAUUCAUUCAGAUUAAUGUCACUGUGUUUAAUUAAAGAUAGAAUUGUCAGUUAUGUAAAGAUAUAUAUUUUAUAACCAUGGAAUACACAUGCAAAAUAUUU